AUGAAACUUAUUACUCUUUUUUCACUCUUCAAAGCGACGCAGGCACUGCUUAUUCCUUCACCUCCCGGCCCAUACCAUGUUGCCGUCAAGAACAUGGAGCUUGUAGACCAAAGUCGCAUCGACCACUUUGCACCAGAGCCCAACACCAAACGCCGCAUCAUGGUAUCAGUAUACCUACCCGUCGAAGCCCAUCAUCGAUGCAAAGCUCAAGUUGUACCGUAUAUGCCACCCCUAACGGCGGGUGUCUUUGGUAGCCUCGGGGCCAGCCUCGGAAUCCCAAAUGGUACGAUUGAAAGUUUCAACAUGGAAUUCUGUGACUUGUCUACCAUAAAGCCGAAGAAGGGUCAUCGUUCCAAGGAAUUCCAAGUGGCUAUCUUUUCACCUGGUGCUCAAGGAACGAGACUUGUUUAUGGCGCGAUGGCUAGAUCGCUGGCCAGCAUGGGGUAUAUCAUUUUGACCCUUGAUCAUACGUAUGAGACUCUAGUUGUUGAGUUUCCUGAUGGAAGUGCUGCAUAUGCAACAACAGGUAACACUUCAACGCUUGUCAUGUUGGAGGCUCGCACCAAAGAUGUCUCGUUUCUCAUCUCACAACUUUCCAACAGAACUCUGACAAACAACCUCUUUGCCCAUUUUCCCGGUACCUUCAACCCAGACAAGGUUGCCGUGUAUGGACAUUCUUUUGGUGGGUCGACUGCAGCUGUCACUGUCCAACACGACCAUCGCGUCCUCGGUGGCCUUAAUCUCGACGGUCCAAUCUAUGGAUCUGUCAACCACCAAGGAUUCAAGAACAGGCCCUUUGUGCUCGUGAGCGUUGACGGGGACAAUGGUCUAGAGUGGGAUGAAUUCUACAGCAAGAUUGACGCGUCCAAGAUGGAGUUGAAGUUCUUCAAGACUCAGCACUAUGCUUUCACAGAUGUGCCUUUAUUGUUGGAAAAGGUCAAUGUGCCUCCUGAGCCGCAGUCAAUUAUUGAUGAGACAUUUGGUACUUUGGAUGGGAGAGGAGUUGAGAAAGCUACAAAUGAAGCUAUGGUUGGGUUGAUGGAUUUGCUAUUCACGAACAAUAGCAAGACACUUGAGAGGAUUGGGAAACAUGUCAAUAUUCAAGUACUUCGAAGUGAUCUGGUCAAGAAUAGUUAG